AUGACGAUAAUCCAUUCAGAAUUCCUACCUCCGCACCUCUACUACGCCUUUCCAACAACAUGGCUAUUUACCAUCAUCAUCCUUAUAUCCGCCACUGCUGCCGUCUCAUACAUGGGAGCAGUCGUUAUCUACCGCCUAUACUUCCAUCCGUUGUCACAUAUCCCCGGCCCGCGACUUGCAGCCGCAACGCACCUUUAUAAUUUCUACUAUAAUGGGAUAUGCAGCGGCAGGCUGUAUCUGCAAAUAGAGAAGUUGCAUCGAAUAUAUGGCCCUGUAAUCCGCAUCUCCCCAGCGGAAAUCCACCUAAGCGAUCCGGAAAACUACGACAGGAUCUACCGCGACGGCAACGGUUAUGCCAAACCCCAUUCAUUCUACAACACCUUCCUAAGAGGCAGUUUGAAAGUCUUCACAAAGCCCCAAUUGGGAACUUGCCAGGCCAAACAUGCCAACGCGGCUCCUCCCCUUUUCUCCCCCAGGCAUGCCCCAGAGCUCGAGUCCAUCAUCCAAGCAAAGGCCGGGACUCUCGAGAGACGUAUUCGAACCCGCCUGCGCAACGUAGGGAAGAUAAACCUGCACUAUGCCUUCCGUGCGAUGUCGGUGGAUAUUGUUACCCAGUAUGCAUCUGAUGGUAAGGGGUAUGGGUUUCUGGGGAGGGAGGACUUUGGGAAGGAGUAUUUUGUGCUUGCGAGGCAGGUGGCGAGGUUCGUGUGGGCGUUUCAGCAGUUUCCGACCUUGAUGGGGUUGUUGGUGAGGGUGGUGCCGGUUCGGGGAGUUAGGGAGCUUACCCGGCUGCUUGAGCAGAGUGGGAUGCGCAAGGGGUGCUUCAACCCAACUCUCCUGGAGGUCGAUGCCGUGGGCGGUCAAGACAACGAGGAGGGGAGGUCAGCUAUCGGAUAUUCGAAAGCAGACGUAUAUGAUGCUCUCGCCAUCGUGUCGCAUAUGGCGGGAAACCCAUUAACGAUCACGGCGUACAAUACCGUUGUGAACAAGGAGGUAUAUAGGAUGUUGAAGACGGAAUUGACAACUGCGUUUCCCGAUCCGAAAUCCGAACCUACUUUUGCGGAACUGGAGAAGUUGCCGUUUUUGACUGCUGUUAUCAAGGAAGGCUUUCGGUUAUCAUAUGGAAUGCUUGGGCGUCUUCCACGAGUCGUUCCAGAACCUGGCGCCGAAUUCAAUGGUUACAGAGUCCCCGCAGGUACAAGUUUGCAUAUGAGUUCGUGGGUGAUGCACCGCAACGAAGAACUCUUCCCAGAGCCUGAUGAAUUCGAUCCUUCCAGAUGGCUGGGCACCAGGGCAAGCAGUAAGAAUUUAGAGCAGUAUCUGGUGAUGUUCUCGAAGGGCUCAGGACAAUGCAUGGGAUUGCCGCUUGCAUAUUGCGAAAUGUACAUCGCGCUGGCGAGGCUUUUUCGCCAUUUCAACGACCUGACGAUAGAGCCAAGAGGCCAGGAGGAUCCAGGCUAUGAUGAUUUCUUUACUCCUUAUCACCGGCCUGGGAAGGAAAUUUUUUGCUUUGCGGGAUCAGGGUGCGACCAGCUGUGAGCAGGGUUGACUCAGGGAUUGGUACGCGUAGAAAGAUUUUUGACAUGUUGGUCGUCGGCAUAACCAGCAGCGUCCAAGGGUAACGUUAUUAUUCUGGGGAGCCUACAGGUAACUAAGGACUAGCCGACGGUUUACUAUUUACGUAAGAAAGAUGUAGGAACCUGAGUAAUCGCAGUUGGCUUCAGUGGAUGUCAUUGGCUGGGGUAGCAGCUUCAUACGCAUUUGGAAUCUUCUUAAAUCAUCUCUCAAUUAUUGCCAGCUUGGGCUCAACAUAAAUAAUAAUAUAAUACUGAGGAUCUCGGCAGUGUAGAAUGACGUCGGGGGAGAAACUCCGGAGCAUGACAAAUCCCCAUCUUGCAGGCACAUGACGGCCAGAGUGCUCCGCUCCUGUGCUGAUAAGGUCGUCCAGACACGGAGAAAUUGUUCAAUUCCAGUUAUCCAGACAUUAUUCAUUUUUUCUUCUAUUAGUAAAGUAUCUCACCUUUUUUUUUUUUUUUUUUUUGAGAGUACAGAGUAGUAGUUCAUAGUAACAUUAUAGAGGAAGGCAGCCUAUGUUGCUGAUUUCAGUGUUGUGCAUAUUUAUUUAAAUAGUUAAAUAGCUGAAUUCUGCCCAACUCUGCCUCCUCACCAGUGCUUAUUUAGACAAUCACCACGCAGCACAACAACAUCACACCUGCCAACACACAUCAGAUCUUUCUUCUUCUACUACAAGCAAGCCUUUAUUAUUCUCCUUUCAUCGCAAGUAACGAAGGCUCGUGGGCCUUCAUCCAAUUGCCCAACAUAGCGUCCAUUUUCCGCCGCUUUCUCGGGUCUCUCGCCGGCCCAAAUCCCGCAACUAUGUCUGCUGCAAAGUCCAAGGUUGAGCACAUUAUUGCCCAAAACAACGUCGUCGUCUUCUCGAAAUCCUACUGCCCCUACAGCAGUGCCACCAAGUCCCUUCUGAACGAACUAGGCAUCCCGUAUUACGCCCUUGAAUUGGAUGAAAUCGAUGACGGCGCUGCCAUUCAAGAUGCCCUGGCAGCCCUCACCCACCAGCGCACCGUGCCCAACAUCUUCAUCGCUCAAAAGCAUAUUGGCGGCAACUCUGAUAUUCAGGCCCGCAAGAGUGAAUUGUCGGCUCUCGUGAGCGCUGGGGCCGCUGCCAAAGCUUCCAAGGCGUGAUUUUCUUCGAAGGUAGAGAGAGAAAUGCCGCUGUAGAGUAGGUGGAUAAUGCGAGGUUUCCAGGGGGCCGUAUAGAUUGAUGGUAGGCGGCUGGAUGGUUUUCUUUUCUUUUUUUUUUUUUUGUCCUUGCUAGCUUUUACGUUUUGAUAUGGAACUCAGUUAAUUCGGGGAUUUGUUUUUGCUCUGGUUUUUGUAAAUACCUUGAGCUGCUAUGACUGUAAUUAAUGAAAAGAGAUAAGACAAAUCUCAAUAGGCAUUCUGCAGAUAAGUAGAAUAGUAAUUGCAUCUAGCUAGCAAAGAUCGUCUAAUUUUUACAGUGGUACAGAGGUUCAAAAAAUAUCAACAAGAAAUAACUAACUAUAAUACACUGUUCUUAACCAAAAAAAUUUUUGGCAAGAAGGAAUGCCGAAUUUUAAUCCAAAUCUACA